AUGGCUUCACCACGCCGCCGCAUCGAGACAGACGUCAUGAAGAUGCUCAUGAGCGACUAUGAGGUGACUCUAGUCAAUGACAAUAUGCAAGAGUUCUACGUCCGCUUUAAGGGGCCGGCAGAAACUCCAUUCGAAGGCGGCGUCUGGAAGGUCCACGUCGAACUACCCGACCAGUACCCAUAUAAGUCGCCCAGCAUUGGCUUUGUGAACCGGAUUUUCCAUCCGAACAUCGACGAACUGUCCGGAUCCGUCUGCCUGGACGUCAUCAACCAGACAUGGUCGCCCAUGUUCGACAUGAUCAAUAUUUUCGAAGUGUUCCUCCCGCAGCUGCUGCGCUAUCCAAACCCUUCCGACCCGCUCAACGGAGAGGCUGCGGCCUUGAUGCUUAGGGAGCCUAAGAGCUACGAGCAGAAGGUGAAGGAGUACGUCCAGAAGUACGCGACUAAGAAUGCGGCGGACGAGGCCACCAAUGAGACCGGAGACGAGGACGAUCUCUCCUCCGUCGGGAGUUACGGCGACGACGACGACAACGAUGACGACGAUGCCCAGGCUACGGGACAAAUGGACGAUGUAUGA